AUGAUUGCCAUAGACUUUGCCGUCCACGAAUGGCGCUGGCAGUGGCAGAUCCUGACCACGUUCGUGUUGGGGGUGAUUGUUCCCACCGUCUACUACAUCUGGGCCAAGUACAUCUCCCACCUGCCCAAUCGCCACAACAAGCUUGAGGAACCAUUCAAAGUGCUGGUCAAAGUCCCCGACGAGGCCAAGCCCCAUUGGAAAGGAAAGCGGCUAUACCAGCCACUGAUCCACGUGGAAGAUGAUCCGACUAAGAUCCAGGGGUAUUGUCCGGCUACAGGGCAGUUUUUGGGAGUGUUCCCGGCUACUACCGCCGACGAAAUGGACGCGCAAAUCGCCGCUGCUGCUAAGGCUCAGCAACUGUGGAAACACUCAUCGUUCACUACUCGGAGGAAGGCGUUAAAGACGCUUGCCCGCUACAUUUUGACCCACCAGACGGAGAUCGCUAGAGUCGCCUGUCGCGACCUGGGUAAGACUAAACUCGACGCGCUGAUGGGGGAGAUCAUGGUGACGUUGGAGAAGAUCAACUGGAUUGUCGCUCAUGGCGAAAAAGCAUUGCGUCCUUCGCAACGUCCGGGGCCAUCUAACUGGUUGAUUGGCCUCAUGAAGAGCGCCGAAGUGCGCUACGAGCCGGUGGGCGUGGUAGCGGCAAUGGUGCUGUGGAAUUACCCUUUCCAUAACCUUAUGGGUCCGAUCAUCGCGGCGUUGUUUACUGGUAACGCCAUCGUCGUCAAAUGUAGCGAACAGGUGGUGUGGCUGUCUAAGUGGUUCUUGCUGUUGGUGAGAACUACGCUUAAAGCGAUGGAUAUUGACGAAAACUUGGUACAAUUGUGCUACUGUUUCCCCGAUACCGCUGACCACUUCACCGCUCACCCUGGGCUCAGCCACAUCACGUUUAUCGGGUCGCAGCCGGUAGCUAAACACGUGGUGGCCACGGCCCUGAAACGGUUGACUCCCUGUGUGGUCGAGUUAGGGGGUAAAGAUGCCUGUGUGGUCACCGAUUCCGUUAAGGACAUCGACGCGUUGAGCAGUGUCAUCAUGAGAGGCACCUUCCAGAGCGCGGGUCAGAACUGUAUUGGUAUCGAGCGAGUGAUUGCUACUCCUAAGCUGUACGCUCAACUCAAACAUAUAUUCACUCGUCGGGUACCUGAAUUACGUGUGGGUCUGGAUAUCGACCAAUUGGACGAGAUUGAUGUGGGCGCAAUGAUCUCCGCUAACCGCUUCCCUCAACUUGAGCUGCUCAUUGCCGAUGCCGUGGCCAAGGGGGCCGACCUUGUGUGUGGUGGCAAGCGCUAUAACCACCCUAACUACCCUCAGGGUCACUACUUUGAGCCGACGUUGCUUACGGGAGUUACUCCUGAGAUGAGAAUCUUCCACGAAGAAGUUUUUGGUCCUAUUUUAACCAUGAUUAAAGCCGAAGAUGUCGACGACGCCAUUCGCCUUGCUAAUGCCACUGAGUUCGGUCUCGGGGCACUGGUAUUUGGUAGCGACUUUUCCGAGUUGAACCGCAUCUGUGACCAGCUUAACGCCGGUAACGUUGCCAUCAACGACUUUGCCACUUUCUAUGUGGCCCAGCUCCCGUUUGGUGGGGUUAAGCAAAGUGGCUACGGUAAGUUUGGUGGCGAGGAAGGGCUCCAGGGGUUGUGUACCGCGAAACUGGUGAUUCUGGAUAAGCGGGUGUUUAGGGCCUUGGGUGUACAAACAGCGAUCCCCCCACCGUUGGAUUACCCGAUCAAAGACGAUAAAGCGGCCUGGGGUUUUGUCGCUGCCCUUAACAUUGCUGGUUACGACCAACGGUUGUGGCAAGUGGUGAAGCUGUUAAAGAAGCUUGCUAAAGGUGGUAAGUAA